ACAGGGACGAGCGCAGGGUUAGAGGAGGCAGCUCCUCUCCCCAGGCUCCCAGGCCACCUUGACCUGAGGCUGCAGAGCUUUGUUCUAUGAGCAAGAGAAUCCAGUUCCUCUUGGCCUUUGAUCCCAGCCGCAAAGCCCAGGCUCAGGGUGGCUUUCAGCAGCACUGCCUCUGAUGUCUGCGCGUCUAGCACUUGGGAGGAGAUCCUGCCUCUUCCCCCAGCAGCGGGGUGGAAGCAGCCGGCUGGGAGAGGGCCACAGCGAGGCGUGCGGGCGGGUUGGCUCAUUGCUUGGAAUUUCCCGAACAUCAUAGGCUAAAAAUAGCCAGUGGCUGGAGCAGGCAGCGGUUCCCAGUGGGGAGGGGUCGUGGGGUCACACCGGGCUGGAGCAGGCAGCAGUUUCCGGCAGGGAGGGGUCCUGGGUCACACCAGGCUGGACAGCAGGCAGCAGUUCCUGGCGGGGAGGGGUCCUGGGGUCACACCGGGCUGGAGGUGAGGGCAGGCAGCCGUUCCCUGUAGAUUUCUUCCUUUCCAUCCCUGCUAGUGCUGCCUGGUUCUGGGCCCAUGGGGAGAUUUGCCAAACCGCCGCCUUGUCUGAUUGUUUGCUUUUCCCCCCAGUCUUCUAGACGAAAGUGUGUCUUCAUACAUCACCACACGUGAGAGCAGGGAGACUGCCUGACAGACCUGACGAUGGCAGCCGAGCCGGUGCCCGCCUCCCUGCCCAGCUGGGAGCUGGAGGCCUGGUACGAGGACCUGCAGGAGGUGCUGUCCUCGGAUGAGAAUGGGGGGACAUCCCUGCCCCCCGGGGGAGUGGAACAGAAAGACCUUGCCACACUUGAUGCCACAGCACUGCUAUGGGGCUUGGAUUUCCCGUCCCCCUUGGCGGAGCCGACAGGCGAUGCCCCCGAGAGCUGCGAGCUGGAUGCCAGCUUGACAGCCGAGCUGCUGGAGCUGCUGAGCGGAACGCCCGAGGAGCUGGUGGGGCUCCCUGAAUCGGACUCCAGCCAGAGCUCCCCGGCUCAGACCUGCACAGAGGAUGAGGAGGGGGCAGGCCCGGCCCGCGGCGUGAAGAGGAAGAGAAGCAGCCAGUCCCAGGGGCAGGGCAAGAAGCGGAGCGGGGAGAAGGAGCAGAACGAGAGGAGGGUGACAGAGCUGAUGGCCGAGAACGAGCGGCUCAAGCAGGAGAUCGAGCGGCUGAGCGCAGAGGUGGAGGCCACCAGGGCGGCGCUGAUUGAGCGCAUGGUGAACCUGCAGAAGGUGUAGGACUGAACUGAGCCCAAGGGGCUGCAGUGCCCUGUGCCUGUCGGACUCACGGGGGGCAGCUGGGCCCUGGUAGUGCGUGGCCCGCUUGCCACAAGACAGCUGUGCAGAGCCAGGGGCUGGACCUGAGGCUGAACGGACCAGUGGCUGCCCUGGGCAGACUGACUCAGACCACAGCCCCGGAGGGCCCUACGUCCGCUGGUGCUGCGGGGGGGAGCCGGCAAAGACCUGGAUGGCGGGAGCUCCCACUCCUGGUUGUGCCAGCGUGAUGCUAGGGCUAGCAAGCACUCAGCCACGUUCUCCCGGGCCAGCUGGCACA